AUGACUAAACUACCAAUUGCACCUUUGCCACCAACACCUCCUAAAAUAUAUAGAGUUGAACCUAAUGAUUUCAAGGAUGUUGUCCAAAUGCUCACUUCAUCUCCCGAGUUUCAAUCUGUCUCUAAUAAUUCUACGUCUAGCUCUGAUACUGGUUCUGGCUCUGGCUCUGGUUCUUUCAACUCGAGGCGUUUACAGGAUAUUGCUCCUCCACCACUUGUUCUUUCACCGAUUUCUUUAGAAAGAAGUAAUGACGUCAACAACAAUAGUAAUAAUAAUGAUAUUGCAUCACAAUGGCGUGAGUUCCUUCGUCCUUCUUCUUCCUCUAACAUUAACCAAGUAGUUGAAACAUGCAUUGACUCAACGAAUAAUGAAGAACAAGAAAGAUCACAUGUAACGCUCCGGAUUCCAUCAGAAAAUCAUUUUGGAUCGUGUAGUCCAUUAGCUAAUUUUCCUCUAUCGCCAGCUUCUUUUGCAUGGUGUUCUUCUAUUCUUCUAAGCCCGGGUACUCUUACUUCACCAAACGCGGUUCUUUAG